GAUUGCGUUUGCUUUGCUUUUGACGCUCAGUGUAAAUUCAACGCUCGACUAGUUGAGUCGCAUCUCAUCAAAUCUUUUAGAAUCUCGCCGUAUCGCACAGACUUGACACUUUACUUAUUCGUGGCUGUUGUUUAAUUAGCUGAAAGUGAAGAUGAAAUCUCUGAGUUUGCUUCUGCUGCUCAGCUUUGUUCUAACUGUCGUUUGGCUUGGCCAGAGCGAGGCCAACUUUUGCCCCUGCAACCUCAACGAAAAGGUUCAGCUCUGCGGCUCGAAUGGCAUUACCUAUACGAAUCGUUGUGAAUUUGAAUGUACGCAGCGCGAAUACAGGGGCCUGGGUCGUCAGCUCAGCAUACGGAAGAUGGGACCCUGCUAAGGUGGCGCCAGCAUCUACAGUUAUUUCUUCCCAUUGAACGUAUAUAAUAUUGUAUAUCUACUUAUAAACAUAUUUCUCAUAUAUUAUAUCUAUUUUUAAUGACAUUUUUUAAAAUCCAUUAUAUUGUUUUUGACAGUGUGUCCAUGAGAUAUUUACAAAAUAUAUUGUUAUAACAUGUCUGCAAAAUAUACAUACAUAUAUUUUUUUAUUUUUAAAUAUAUAUAUAUAUACAAAAUAAAUUCUUUUAACAUGAAUUUUUUACUUUAAAAAGAAAGACGACCAUUAUUUCCGAUAAAGUUAUUAAUAAUAUUAAAUAAUAAAUUGAUAUCAUAAAGUGGUAAACAUA